CUUGAAACUACCCCCCAAGUUCUGCGUCUGGAUACUCCUUCUUCUUCAUCCGAUUUCCUUCCAUUUUGCCUUCUUUCUUUCUCCGACGAAGACACCCGCUGAGUUUUCCAGGAAUUCCUGACCUGAGAGCUUCUAAGUUUUACGCAAUUUUUUUGGAGUUUUGGUCGAAUGGGUCUUAUUAUCCAUAGUCUUUUUUGUUUGCAUAAUUGGGCCAGCCCAUGAACCCUAACUUUUUUUUGUUCAUUGUUAGGGUUUAUCUCCCUCGAGUGACUGCACUGCACACCCCUUCUCUUGCUUCAGAUACCUCGCAUCUCGCACGCUGCCACAUCGCCGAUCACCGUAGUGGUUUCUUCGCCGGUAAUCGAUUGCCGAUCCACAUAUAAUAUCGUUGCUUCUUCCUUCGUUGAUUUGUCCAGAAUAUCAAAGCAAUAGCCAAGACUAAAACAAGGAGUACAAAGAAGACACACCAUGGAAACAAGCACCAAAGAAGGCUUAGAACUCAAGAAAGUGGAUUGUGAUGCAUCGGAGAUUGAGUAUGUUAGUUAUGGUGGCGAGCACCACCUCCCCCUUAUCAUGAACCUAGUCGACCAAGAACUCAGCGAGCCGUACUCCAUAUUCACGUAUCGUUACUUUGUAUAUCUCUGGCCUCAGCUCUCUUUCCUGGCAUUCCACAAGGGUAAAUGUGUCGGCACGGUGGUUUGUAAGAUGGGCGACCAUCGAAACAUUUCCAGAGGAUACAUUGCCAUGUUGGUUGUGAUCAAGCCCUAUAGAGGAAAAGGCAUUGCUACAGAACUUGUUACUCGGUCUAUUAAGGUGAUGAUGGAAUCUGGUUGUGAAGAAGUUACUCUGGAAUCAGAAGUUACAAACAAAGGAGCAUUGGCACUCUAUGGUCGCCUUGGCUUUAUUAGGGCUAAGAGGCUCUUUCAUUAUUAUUUGAAUGGAGUCGAUGCUUUCCGGCUCAAACUGCGAUUCCCUCGGCCGGAGCUGCACCCAUCUCUGCCUGUGAUGGCAGAUAAAUAUGGUAGUAGUCAUAUACCAAGUGAUCUUGAUAAUUCAGCAUUUGAACAAUGAUUUGAUUCCUUCAGUGCCUGUUUGAGUGUUUGUAAAGAAUCAUAAACCCUUCUUGAGCAUAUUGCUGUACAAUUAAUUAGAUACCAAGAUUUUUUAUUGGCUCAA